AUGGCUGGCCUGUGCCCCCACACCGGGCUCUGCCUUGCUCACUGUGCCCCUUUAAGCUACCUGGCAGAGCCCUGCUCGUCCUGGAGAGCUGUCACCUUGUCCUGGAGCCUGCUCCAGAUGGAGCGCCUGUCCGCGGAGCAGAUCAAGGAGUAGGGGGUCUUCGAGAUGUUUGACGAGGAAGGCAACGGGGAGGUGAACGGGGAGCUGGAGCGCCUCAUGAGCCUGCUGGGCAUGAACCCCACCAAGAGUGAGCUGGCCUCCAUGGCCAAGGACGUGGGCAGAGACAACAAAGAGUUCUUCAACGGCCACGGCUUCCUGGCCCUGACGGGGAUUUCCCACGCGAAGGCGCGGAACCAGGAGAGCGAGCUGGGGGCGGCCUUCCGCGUCUUCACUGACUGGAACACGCUCAAGUACGUGCUCAUGAACGUGGGGGAGCCCCUCAACGAGGUGGAGGCGGAGCAGAUGAUGGAGGCCGAGGCCGACAAGGACAGGGACAGCACCAUUGACUACGAGGAGUUCGUGGCCAUGAUGACCGGAGAGUCCUUCAAGCUGGUCCAGUAG